UGAGCCAAUCAGGAUGGAACUGAAUUUUAACGCGAACGCAGUUCAGCGGGAGAUGGCGCCGAGCUCGAAAUCGCUGAAGGAUGAUAAACAGAAAAAUCAAAGAAAAUACAAAGAUCAUGUCGUCAAGCUUCUUGUACGCGGAAAGCUGUCUGGACAGUUUUCUCCGCGCCUCUUCAGGAAGCUCCCGCCUCGGGUUUGUGUCCCAUUGAAGAACAUCGUCAGUGAGGAGUUUCUCCGAGCCGGACACAUCUUCUUGGGCUUCACCAAGUGUGGACGCUACAUUCUGUCCUACACUAGUGACUGUGGAGAAGAUGACGACUUCUCCUUCUACACCUACCACCUGUACUGGUGGGAGUUCAACCUGCACAGCCGACUCAAGCAGGUCCACCACGUACGACUGUUUGCAGGCGAGGAAAUCUACACGGAUCUGUACCUGACUGUGUGCGAGUGGCCGAACGACCGCUCCAAAAUCGUCAUCUUUGGAUUCAACACGCGCAGUUCCAGCUCUGUCCUGAUGAACUUAAUGAUGAGUGAUGAGAACAACAGAGACAUCUACAUCACUGUGGCCUCCAUGCCGCCUCCUAAACCUUGUUCUCAUUGCUGUCCGCUUCCUUCAGCCACGAGCGUGCGCACAGGUAGCAGACAGUGUUUACAGCAUGGGUACGUCCUCAACAGCAGGUACCAGGUGGUGUACCCAUUCCCCACCUUCCAGCCGGCCUUCCAGCUGAAGAAGGACCAGGUCAUCCUGUUGAACACCAGCUACUCCCUGGUGGCCUGUGGCAUCUCACUUUGCCCAGGUAAGCAAGGUCAGUCUUCACGGAUCCUGUACACAAAGAGAGCUGCUUUGUUAGGGCAACCCCCCAGGAACUCCAACACCACCUCAGUCUCUUCUUCCUCACUACCUCAGACCUCACUUGAAAACAGACCUAUAUCCUAUCGAACCAAUCCAGUUCCAUCUUCUUCCAGUCAGUCACAAGCAGCCGUGCGUGCCCGAGAGUUUGCAGCUGACCUCUUCAGGCGAGCUCAGGGCGGUGGUGGCAAAGAAAAUGACAGUCAAGCGGUGUGGACAGCCAUGGAUGGUAGUGAAAGAGAAGCACUAUACAAAAGAGGGGUCGAAGACAGGCCAACUGCUGGACCAGCAGCAGGGGGCAGCUCCAGUUUGCUUCAGUGUUCAGAACAAGUCAUGUCUCCCGUUUCAUCUUCCUCGCCUCCGGGUUCACCUCCAACCUCAUCUGUAUCCCAGGAGAUGGGUGCCAGUGAACCAGGAUAUGUUAACUAUUCCCACCUGCGUUACCGCCUCCAAGAACCAGGUGGUGCAGAACAGAGUGCAGGAGGUGUCGGUAGUUAUAGAAGAGACAAGGUCCAGCUGGCCUUUACAGUCACUGACCUUGAAGACAAAAACCUGCAGCUGGUUGUGGGGCCACAUGAUGGACAGAAUGUGUGUGUGGAGCAGUUAACUCUGGACUUUGAAUAUCUGAUCAAUGAAGUGAUCAGGAGUGAUGCUGCCUGGUCUUCUCAGUUCUGCUCCUUCAGUGACUACGACGUCGUCAUACUGGAGGUGUGUCCGGAGACCAACACCGUGAUGAUCAACAUCGGCCUGCUGCUGCUCGCCUUAGCCAACACGGACGACGAGCGCUGCAGACCGAACACGUACCAUUCCAGCCUGCAGGUGAGCUGGGACCUGAACACGGGUGUGUGCUGCACCGUGGGUGUGGGUGACCUAACAGAGGUCAAAGGUCAAACCAGUGGGACCGUGUGGAGUUCUUACAGGAAGUCAUGCGUCAACACAGUGAUGAAGUGGUUGGUUCCAGAGAGCAGUUCCCGCUACAUCAAUCGUAUGACCAAUGAAGCGCUGCAUAAAGGCUCGUCUCUGCAGGUUCUGGCAGACAGCGAUCGAUGCACCUGGAUCGUUCUGUGAUCGAAGCAACGACGGCAAACCAAACAGGGCCGCAGACGCUCCGCGAAUCCAACAACAAAGCUGCAGAAAUCUUUAAGCGGAUUAGUUUUGGAGGAUCCUCACUGGACCCUUUGGAGUUUCCCUGCUGAGGUGGACUGUCGGUACCGAACCCACACCGUUUGUUUGAACUCAACCUGGACUGAAGCCUCUCAGGAUUUUUAUUUUUAAUAUAAAACAUAUAAAUGUAAAAAAAUUUUGUUGUAUAAAAUGUGUAAAAAUAAGCUUUUUGUUUUUCUGGACUGGAGUAAAAUGAGAA